CUCUGUCUGUCUCUCUAUCUGGUUGGCAGGCAGGCAGGCAGAGGGCAGUCCUCCUCCUUCCCUCCCUCCCUCCUUCCCUCCCUCCCUCCUUUUCUCUCCGCUCGGCUCCCUCCUUCCCCUCCCGGCCCCUCCUUUUCUCCCUCCUCCUCCUCCUCCUCCUCCUCCUCCAUCCCGGCUCGAGGUCCUCGGAUCCCGGAGCAUGGAGCGGGUGCCGUGCGGAGGAGGGCGAGCUGAAGCCUCCAUCCGCCCGAAGGAGAAGGAGGAGGAGGAGAUGCGCGCCGGCUCGGGGCAUCCCUCGCUCUCGGUCCGGCUGUGAGGCGGAGGAGGCGCCAUGCCCGUCCGCCGAGGCCAUGUGGCCCCCCAGAACACCUUCCUGGGCACCAUCAUCCGCAAAUUCGAAGGGCAAAAUAAAAAAUUCAUCAUUGCUAAUGCUCGCGUACAGAACUGCGCCAUCAUCUACUGCAACGAUGGGUUCUGUGAGAUGACCGGGUUCUCCAGGCCAGAUGUCAUGCAGAAACCAUGUACCUGUGACUUUCUUCAUGGACCAGAAACCAAACGGCAUCACAUUGCCCAAAUAGCCCAGGCCUUGCUUGGGUCAGAAGAGAGGAAAGUGGAAGUCACCUAUUAUCAUAAAGAUGGGUCUACCUUCAUUUGCAACACCCACAUCAUCCCAGUGAAAAAUCAAGACGGAGUGGCCAUGAUGUUUAUUAUUAGCUUUGAAUAUGUAACGGAUGAGGAUAAUAUAGAGUGUCCAGAGAAACUUAACCAGAUACUGGCAGCCAAAGUCACAAACCAUGGCAACAACCUUUCAAGAGGCUCUUCAUCAGGCAAACUUUUUGGGUUCAAGAUCCCUGGACUAAGCCUUUUACCAUACAGAAAGCAGUCCUUGCCACAGGAAGACCCUGAUGCGGUAAUUGUUGAUUCAUCAAAACGCUCUGAAGACUCCAUGGCUAUGAAGCACUUUAAGUCUCCAACGAAGGAAAGCUGUAGCCCUUCUGAAGCAGAUGACACCAAGGCACUGAUCCAGCCAAGCACAUGUUCACCUCCAGUGAAUAUAUCAGGGCCCCUGGACCAUUCAUCACCCAAGCGGCAAUGGGACCGGCUUUAUCCGGACAUGCUACACUCAAGCACAGCACUGAGUCACACGCCAUCCAAAGAAAGUCUCUGCAGUAUCCGGAGGGCAUCUUCCGUUCACAACAUCGAAGGAUUUGCCACCCACCCCAACAACGUGUUUCGAGGCCGGCACGCGAGCGAAGACAAUGGCCGUGAUGUCAAAGUUUCACGCUCCUGGAUGGCAGGGGGUCCUUUUAACCAUAUCAAAUCAAGUCUGUUAGGAUCAACAUCAGAUUCAAACCUCAACAAAUACAGCACCAUCAGCAAGAUUCCCCAACUCACACUGAACUUUUCUGAUAUCAAAACUGAAAAAAAAAGUUCAUCCCCUCCGUCAUCAGAGAAAACAAUUAUUGCACCCAAAGUUAAAGACAGGACACACAAUGUGACAGAGAAGGUGACACAGGUUCUUUCCUUGGGAGCAGAUGUACUGCCGGAAUAUAAGCUCCAAACACCUCGCAUGAACAAGUUUACUAUAUUGCACUACAGUCCUUUCAAAGCGGUCUGGGACUGGCUGAUUUUAUUGCUUGUGAUCUACACUGCCAUAUUCACUCCUUACUCUGCAGCCUUCCUUCUCAAUGACAGUGAAGAACAAAAGACACAAGCAUGUGGCUACUCAUGCAACCCACUGAACAUGGUAGACUUAAUUGUGGAUAUUAUGUUUAUUAUUGACAUUCUCAUAAACUUCCGAACAACAUAUGUAAACAAGAAUGAAGAAGUGGUAAGUGACCCAGCAAAAAUAGCAAUUCACUACUUCAAAGGCUGGUUCCUAAUUGACAUGGUUGCUGCAAUACCUUUUGACCUGCUGAUUUUUGGAUCUGGCUCUGAUGAGACAACCACCCUAAUAGGCCUUCUGAAAACUGCUCGGCUGCUGCGUUUGGUGAGGGUUGCCCGGAAACUGGACAGAUAUUCCGAAUAUGGUGCUGCUGUUCUGAUGUUGCUCAUGUGCAUCUUUGCACUCAUUGCUCACUGGUUGGCUUGCAUUUGGUAUGCCAUCGGGAAUGUGGAAAGGAAUUAUUUGACUCCUAAAAUUGGCUGGUUAGAUUCCCUUGGACAACAGUUGGGGAAACACUACAAUGUGAGUGAUCUCAGCUCCGGACCAUCCAUCAAGGACAAAUACGUCACAGCGCUGUAUUUUACCUUCAGCAGCCUGACCAGUGUAGGAUUUGGAAAUGUGUCACCAAACACCAACUCCGAGAAGAUCUUUUCCAUUUGUGUCAUGUUGAUCGGCUCAUUAAUGUAUGCAAGCAUUUUUGGAAAUGUAUCUGCAAUAAUCCAAAGACUGUAUUCAGGGACAGCACGGUAUCACAUGCAGAUGUUGCGUGUAAAAGAGUUUAUACGGUUUCAUCAAAUUCCCAACCCUUUGAGGCAGCGGCUUGAAGAAUAUUUCCAACAUGCAUGGACAUACACAAAUGGCAUCGACAUGAACAUGGAGGUCCUAAAGGGAUUUCCAGAGUGUUUACAAGCUGAUAUCUGUCUCCAUCUCAACCAAACCUUACUUCAAAACUGCAAAGCUUUCCAGGGAGCCAGUAAAGGUUGUCUCCGUGCAUUAGCAAUGAAGUUUAAAACCACACACGCACCUCCGGGAGACACGCUUGUUCAUUCCGGUGACGUUCUGACUGCGCUUUACUUCCUUUCACGAGGCUCCAUUGAAAUUCUCAAGAAUGAUAUGGUUGUUGCCAUUCUGGGCAAAAAUGAUAUUUUUGGAGAAAUGGUACAUCUUUAUGCAAAACCAGGGAAGUCAAAUGCAGAUGUGAGGGCUUUAACCUACUGCGACUUGCACAAGAUCCAGCGGGAAGACCUAUUAGAAGUUUUGGAUAUGUACCCUGAAUUUUCUGACCUCUUUCUCACCAAUCUGGAACUCACUUUUAAUUUGAGACACGAAAACCCAAAAGCUGAUCUCACAUUAAGGUCACACCCCAUGAGUGAUUCAGAUGGUGAUAACAGCAAACCCCGAAGACGGAACUUGUCCUUUGAAAGCGACAUUCAUAAAGAUUAUGACAAAGAUUUAGAUUUGGUGGACAAUACCAAACAUCAUCAAGGCACCAAGAAACAUUUUGAGGAGAAAAGAAGCCGGUCAUCGUCUUUUGUGUCAUCCAUCGAUGAUGAGCAGAAACCUUUGUUCUCUGGGAUAAUAGGCUACCCGUCUGUCCUGGGCAAGCCAGCUGUCCUAGACCUUGAAGAGAUGGUCCAUACAACGACAAAAAUCCAGUCUGAAGGAAGAAGUCAUUCUUGUAAAGAUAUCACUGACAGAAGAUUCUGGGAGGAGGAUCACAGCAGGGGCCAACAGGAAUCAUCCAGCCAGUCAGCAUUACCUCAUGUCACCUGGGGUAUCUCUGAAACAGAAAGUGAGAUCAACUAUGGUGAAGUGGAGCAGAGGUUAGAUUUACUUCAAGACCAACUCAGCAGGCUUGAAUCCCAAAUGACGUCUGACAUUCAAACCAUCCUGCAACUACUGCAGAGACAAACAGCACUCAUUCCACCAGCUUACAGCGUGGUGACCGCAAAUGCAGAUUAUAACAGGCCAGCUGUCCGGAUCGUACAAAAUCUUCAUCCUGUAGCAUCCAUUAAAACAGACAGAAGCUUCAGCCCUUCACAGUGUUCUGAAUUACUAGACAUUGAAAAAUCAAAACUGAAAUCCAAAGAAUCCCUCUCAAGCGGAGUGCAUCUCAACACAGCCUCAGAAGACAACCUGACGUCAUUUUUGGAACAAGAGCAUGACCAGUCUUUAGAGCUACCCCCACGGCAUUGUAAGACUUACCUCCACCCGAUUAGGCACCCAUCCUUGCCUGAUUCUUCCCUAAGCACUGUAGGAAUCUUGGGUCUCCAUAGGCAUGUUUCAGAUCCUGGUCUUCCUGGGAAAUAACCCUUUUGUACUCUUACAUCGCCUAAAAUGUAAGUGCUUUUAAUGGCUGGGGCUUUUUUUCUCCUUUUUUGUUUUCUAUUUAAAUUCUAUAUACUUGACUCAGGGGCUACAAGGAUAUACCGUUAUAUGCAAAAGUACUGUAUAUUUUCCUAACUUUGUAGCUUGUAAGGUAUAAAGUUAACCACUAACAGUGUAAAUAUAUAAAUAUAUAUAUAUAUAUAUAUAUAAAGAAAGAAACAGACUGUAUGUUCCAAAUAUAAAACUGCCAGCAUUCUCAAGGCACCUUAUAUUUUUUAAUUUUUUUAAAGCACCUGCAUGUUUGGAAAUGAUUACAGUUCUGUUGCAUGGAAACUACUAUUUACUGUUUUCGAUGAAAUCCUAUUUUAUUGCGGAUAUGCCUUCGAAAAUAUAGAUGGGCCACGUGGAAAUGACUUGUUUGGGUAACACACACAUCCAGCUACUUUGCCGUUCAAGUAAACCUUUCAUCCAGCUUUCCUUCUGACAUUGGAUUUUUUACAGCCCACACAGUCAUUCUGACCAAUAGUAUAGAAGUUAAGUCUUCUGGGUCUGGAAAUCAUUCAUGUAAAACUCCAUUAACACCAUUGAUUGCUGGGAGGGGGUGGUGGGACGAGCUGGAACAACUGGGCUGUGCAAUUGAAAACAUCAUCAAUGACUUGCAUCCACAUUGGCUGAAUCAUUUGAUUUUUUUUAAAAAAAAUAAUUCUUUAUUGAAACCUCACCAUAGCUUUGUGCUUCUGCCCUACAAAGGCAGUUAGCUGUCAGACACUCCGCAUAAUCAAAUGCAAUAAAUAUAAUUUCUACAUGA